AUGCGCAGCUCAGUUGGCUUCGUCGUAGGACUGCUUGCCGCGGUCCUCCAACCGGUGACGGCGAGCUAUGGGAACGCCUCCAGCCCAUAUACCACAAACACAACCUCUUCAAGCCAAAACGCGACGACUUUUGCCAACGGGACGGCGCCCGUAUCCUUUGCCAUUGCCCAAGACUGCCAGAUUGCCGCGGAUUCCAUGCCCUUUGCCAACGUGAACUGCUACUACAAGUGGGACAACACCAACAGCAACAACCACCUCAACUAUGUGGUCCAGAUCAGCGGCACCGGUCAGCGGCAGGCGGGGUGGUGCGACGGCAUCGCGGCAAACAUUCACGGUCGCUGCGGCUUGUCGGGCAGUGAAGUCCCGGUCAAGAACUGCGGUACCGACAACGACCACACCAAGGCCUACGGAUACAACUAUGACACGGGUGAAGACAUUGACAUGUACGGGAUUGACAUGAAUUUCUGGAUGAUGUCGUGGGCCGCGGGUGAGGACAAUCGUGCUUGUGUGGCAUACGCGAUCCGUGACGCGACGUGUAAUACUGUCAACUUGGGCGACUUUGCAUGCUACAAUUCCGAGGACAACUCUGACUCCAACGAGGAUUAUGAAUCUUAG